AUGGGAGAACUUGCUAAGAUUGAUGGGGGCGAGUCGGGCGUCCACACCAAAGUCGUCGCCGAUGUUCCUUCUUCGAGUUCCUCCGACCAUAUGAGCGAGAAGUUCACCGAUUCGUCCGACGACGAGCAGUCCAAGGGCCCAGCCCGAACCAUUACGGGGCUCAAGUGGAUCUUGGUUGUUACUGCGAUUCUGUCAAGUCAUAUGCUGUUCGCUCUGGAUAACACGAUUGUCGCCAAUAUUCAGCCGGCUAUUGUUGAGCAAUACCAAGAGGCACAGAAGAUCUCUUGGCUCUCAGUUGCCUUCCCGCUUUGCUCGUCCGCGCUCGUCCUCCCCUGGUCCAAGGCCUAUGCGACCUACAACGCCAAAUGGCUCUAUAUCGGAUGUGUCGUUCUCUUCAUGGCCGGUUCCGCUCUCUGCGGCGCAGCCCCUGAUAUGGACUCUAUGAUUGUCGGUCGUGCCAUGGCUGGUGCUGGAGGCAGUGGCAUGUACUUUGGCGUGCUGACCCUCCUCUCCGUCAACACCACCGUGUCGGAGCGUCCUUUCUACAUUGGUUUGACUGCUGUUUCGUGGGGUAUCGGAACCGUCACCGGUCCUGCUAUCGGAGGAGCUUUCGCUGAAAGUUCUGCCACCUGGCGCUGGGCCUUCUACAUCAACCUGGUCAUCGGGGGUGCCUUCGCCCCCGUCUACGCCUUUAUGCUUCCUUCCUUCGAGCCCUUGCCCAAGGCGACUCAGCUGGAAAAGGCCAAGAACAUCGACUGGGUCGGCUCCGUUCUCUUCGUUGGCGCCCUGGCCACCCUCAUAAUGGCCAUUGACUUCGGAGGCGCCGAAUGGGCCUGGGACAGCGCCCGUUCGAUCGCCCUCUUUGUUGUGGCGGGUGUGCUCUUCAUCAUUUUCGGUGUCCAGCAGACCUUCUACAUCUUCUGCAACGAGCAGAACCGGUUGUUCCCUAUCCACUUCUUCAAGCGCCGGUCUUUGGUUCUGCUGUUCAUCCUUAACACCUGCGCCAGCAGCGGUCUGUUUAUCUCAGUCUACUACAUCCCCCUCUUCUUCCAGUUCACCCAGGGCGACACCGCCGUCAAGGCGUCUCUGCGGCUGCUCCCCUUCGUGCUCGUCCUGAUCUUCACCAUCAUCCUCAACGGCCACAUGAUGUCCAAGCUCGGCUACUAUAUGCCCUGGUACCUGCUCGGCUCGGCCUUUGAGCUGAUCGCCGCCGCCCUGAUGUACGUCGUCAAGCCCGACACCUCCGCCAGUGCGAUCUACGGCUACACCGCGCUCAUGGCCCUCGGUGUCGGCGCCUUCAACCAGGCGGGCUACAGUGUCGUCCAGGCCAAGGUCAAGCCGAGCGAGAUCCCCUGGGCUCUUGGGUUCAUGAUGGUUUCGCAACUGGGUGGUAUCGUGCUCGCGCUCGGUAUGGCCGGCGCCAUCUUCGUCAACAAGGCCACGGCCGGUCUGCUCGAGCUGCUCCCCGACGUGGACCCCGAGAUCGUCAAGAACGCGAUCGCCGGAACUAGCAGCUCGCUGUUCAAGUCGCUAUCUGAUGAGGUCCAGGCCAAGGCGCUGGGUGUCAUCGUGCAUGCAAUCGACUUGGUAUACGUUCUGCUGAUUGUUGCUGGUGCGAUGGGUGUGCUGCUCUCGGUGUUCCUCAAGCGCGAGAAACUCUUCCUGGAGAUGGCUGCUGGUGGUGCUUAA